GCACAUGAUAUGUUUGUUUUUCACUUUUCCCAAUUUACAGCUAGCUGUUUUUCAAUUGGUGCACAGUCACUUUUCUAUCCGUUGAUUUACUUUUGAGUCUCACGAAUCUCGGCACAUCGCUAUGUUUGGACUUUCUAGGCCGCGCUGACGGACUUGGUCUCAUUUUUUCCGUCUUCACUUUUUUCGAAUUUCCCCACGAGAAAGUAGUACUCGUUUUGGUCGAGGUGAGAGGAAAAGGGUCACAAGGAAGAACAGGGCGGAGGGCCAUGGCAGAGAGGUCUGCGGGGAUCUCUCUCCAGGCGCACCCCAAGAGAGCUGCGGCUCGCGGUGAUGGAAGCAAUGGACGGCAUGGCGCUGAUUGGUACGUCUCUGAUGUCGAAUGCUUCCUAUUAUUUAUCCACACAUCAAUAUUGUUACACCAUGUCUGAUCUUAGAUGUAAUAGCAAGCUGUCUCUAUUUUCAAAUACCUUAGUUUCCGGCAAAUUUCUUAGUCCUUGGUCUUUAGUCAUAAGUUUCACUAUUCAGUCAAUUUCUUUGUAUUUAAUCUUGAGUCAUAAGUUCUCUCAGUCCCUAUUUUCAGUUAAUUUUAUCAGUCUUCAGUCCAAGCAUGGCAGUUUCAUUAGAUUUUCAGUCUCUUUUUGUACAUGAUUCUUCCAGUGUCUUUCUCAUUUCUCAGUUCUCUGUCUCUACAUGGUUCUUUCAGUCUCUCAUUUUUCAGUCCCUCCGCUACAACGAUUUUCUCAGUCUUAUUUCUUCAGUUUAACUCAUAUUUUCAGUCUUAUUUGCCCUGUCAGUCUUCUCUCAGUGUCAUUUGUCUCGAUCUCUUAGCCUUUUCUUGAUUCAGUUUAUUUUCUCUGUUUUUAGUCUCCAGUUUCUCAGUUCUUAUCACUUUUCUCAUUUCAGUUUCUUGGUUUAAUUUGUCUCAAUCUCUUAGCCUUAAACUGGUUCUCUGAUUCUAUUUCUUCGGUCAUUUUCCUUCAGUUCUUAGUAUAUAAUAUAGUCGCUUUCGAGUCCCGUCUUUUCUUUCUCUCUCAUGAGUUUCUCAGCGUUCUAUAUAUUCAUUUUCUAAGCUUCUAUCGCUUUUCUCGUGUUUUUUCAGUGCUAUUUCUCUGUCUUUAAUCUUCGGUUUCUCAGUUAUCACUUCUCUCAUUUCUUUGGUCUGCAGCUUCUCAUUUCUUUUAGUCUCCAGUUUGUCAGCAUUUCAUUUUCUCUGCUUGAGCAGUUGUAUUUGUCUCAAUUUCUUAGCAUUUCUCUGCAUUUCUUUUCUUGAGGUAGUGGAUUUUCUCUGCUAUAAUAAAGCCAAGCAUGGUAAUGCUGUCCCGUGGGGGAACAUGUUCUACCUAUGGUAGUACUAAACAUGAUCUGGUAUGUAGUUAUUGUGGUUGGCAAAUGUUGUGCUUUGUCAAGGCAAACCACUAUUGGUUUCACAACUUGGCUCAGCGUAUUUUUUUUGAUAUAUUACCAUUGUUGUUUGCACGCUUAUGUUCUAUUUGGCAUCUAGCAACCUAUGUGAUUAGCCUUGCAUCCUGCACUACAUGUAUAAAAAUGUUAAGUGAAAACUUUGUUUGCUAAAUCUUUACAUUCUUAGCUUGUUGGCUAGAAAGUAUUAUUAGCCUUGCAUCACUUCCUAAUUCCCUGUUAACAUUUCUGAUCAAAGAGGUGGCUUGCGAAAUGGCGAGCCUGUUAACUAAUUAUCCAUAAACUUUGUUAGUUACUUACUGAAAACAUAAUUUCCAAUUUUCCAUAAAAGUUGUACGGAGACAACAAUAUAUAGCAGGUGGCCAAGUUAGAUAUGCAAUCCCGAUUUUAUGCCACAAAAAUUGUUAUAUUUCCUGCCUAGCUCGGUUCCGAAUUGUCUACAAUUUUAAUCCAACUUAUUUGGCUCACCUCUCAUGUUAAGGGUUUUAGGGUUAAACAUGGAAAAUGAGUUAAAGCAUAUAGCUCGCAGCGGCACAGUAAAUGCUGCAAAAUGGAAGGUGCAGGGUACGUAACAAAACAAAUGCCCUUUUUUUCCAUUGGUAUCGGGCAUUAGUGGUUGUGUUAUCCAACUUCAGAUAGCUCUGAUUUGUUGCAUUGUAGCUCAUGUUUGUUUGAUUGACAGUGAUAGUAGAACAUUUUAGACCUCACAGCAUUUCUCUAGCUUGGCAAAAGGAAAGGAAAUUAGUCUAGCAAUCUCUUCCUGAAAAUUUUCGUGUCAUGAGGUAGAUGAGAUAUAUGGUUCUUUUUAAUUUCCUUUCCUAUCUGUACAUUUUACUUCCAUUUUCGUGACCCGAGAUUGAUAGGCACCGGCUAAUUUUCAUUUUCGUUUUGAUGUUCACUUUCAUGGAAGAAACAACUAAAGAAAUUCAGCUGAGUUUGUGAAGUGUUUUUCAGGGAGAUGCCAGCAGCUAGUGUCGAAAAGCCAAGUAAAAGGGAGAGAGGCCAGCUGCUAGUGUGAACACUGUAAAGGACAAAUGGAGGGGAAAGGGUUGGGGGUAGGGUCUGAAAGCUCCAAAAGGAAUGGGCUCCACCUCAAGCUCCCGGUUGCACAAGAGAACAGUGCCCAGCCGGCCACCGGGAGGAUCCAGUCAAAGGGAGCGCAACCGGAUACAAAAGUAGACGUUGGGAGCAUCCUCCCUGGAGGAUAGAGGAAAACCGGGCAACGCAGGGCUGCCGACCCAGGUUUUUUAGGGUCCUGCCGAGGCUUUUCAGGCCUCGAAAAGCCUGCCGAAAGCCCAGAGACGUGUGUGGACAGGAAUAUGCCACGUAGGCGGGUGGGUAGUAGAUGCAUAUAUAGCAACCCUUUUGGUGAGAGAUCGCUUAUUCUGUCUCAGUUAACAUAGUGUAGUAUGAGGGAAGCGGCGGAAAAUCAUUUCACCACCUGAGGGGGGCGGCGGGAAACCCAUCCCCAUCCCCAUCGACCAGAGAGCCGUCGCUUGGCGGCGACCGUGGAGAUUGCUUGGUCCUAAUCCUGCUUUUGUGUACAGAUCUGGUAGCUCAAGUGCCUCAAAAUUGCGGGCUCGCUAUGGUUACUGAAGAAGCCAAAUCAAAGAAGCAAAUAAGUGACGAAUGCAUCAUAAACCGCCUCCCGGGAGACCUCAUUGAGCGGAUAUUUUUGAGGCUUCCAGUGAGCACUCUGUUGAGCUGCAUCGGUGUUUGCAAGCAUUGGCACGACUUCAUCCGGGGUCCCCAGUUUGUUACAUCACACCUCCAGGAUGCACCCCGUUAUGCCUUUCUAUUCUUUCCACAAGGUUUGGUUUCAGGCGAGCCCUACCCUAGUGAUGCUAUCCUAAUUGACGAAGCCUGGUCACCCUCUACAUAUGCAGUGCCAGUGAUUGGGCCCGACGAUCUCCUCUUUGGUACGUGCAAUGGCCUUCUUGGCUUAUACACAAAGACAUCAACGAUCAAGAUAGCAAACUUUACAACUGGUGAAUAUAUGCAUCUUAAGAAACCUGCCAAGAAUAUGAGAGGUGAUCACUUCUCUUUCUACAGUUUUGGAUUUCAUCCUGUGACAAAAGAAUACAAGAUUACCCACUUCCUUGGUGAUUGCAUUGAGGGUCGUCCCAGUAACAAACACAAGUUCAGUUUUAUUCAAGUUUACACGCUUGGUGAUAAGAAAUGGAAAGAUAUCCCAACACCAGAACCUCUUAGCUUGAACAGUGUGAGAAACUCUGGGGUUGUCAAUGUUGAUGGCACAAUGUAUUGGUUAACUGAAGAUAAGACAGCUAGCUGGCAACACACACUUGUGUCCUUUGAUCUCAGGGAAGAAAAUUUUGCAAUGAUACAACUGCCAGUAGAACGUGAAGAUGAUGAUUAUUUUGGUCCUCGUAUGUUCUGGAUCAGAGAUAUAGGUGGUAAAUUAUGUAUAGUAACUGCUCAAACCGGUCGUUAUGAUGCCAGAAUUCUUGUUGGUGAGCUGCAGAUAUGGACACUUGACAACCCAGUAGAGCAAAGGUGGAGCCAGAAGCACAAUAUUAAGAACCCUCCAAAUUACAUUCCAGGUCCACAUUUUGUUCACAUGGAUAGGAUCCUCGCACAGAGCUUCUUCAGCGUAGAUUCGUUCGAGUUGAUUAGUGAGAACACUGAGGUUAGCUGCAGUAAGGUGGCAACGCUGUUUGAUUUCAGCCCCCGCAAGCUGUACAACAUGCAAUCCUACAUCUGUGUGAAGUCACUUGUAUGCUUAGAUGUUUACAAGAAGGGUGGCAUUGUGUGUAGACCAAAACAGGAAGUAGGCUGGAAAUUGAAGAAGUGGGAGGUAUGGGAGAAUGAGCUUCACGAGGCAGAGAACAUGCGGAGAGAAAUCCAGAAACUUGAUCAUAAGUUUUCUGAAGUCACAGAAAAAAUUAUUAAAUUGUAUCAGGUUUUAGUGGAUAGCACACAUGCCAUUUCUGAACGUGUACGCAUGGAACUCGAUCAUGUGUUGCAGCAUAAGCCAGAAAAUCGUAAUCAGCCAAGGUUCCUCCGACGGCUUAACUGGGUGGAACGGAAACGGGACAAGGAUGAGUUAACUUUGCGGUCAAAUAAGAUUAAUGACAGAAUGCAGGCCAUUCAUCAGGCGCAGAAAAACAUCAGUAGUAUUGUAAGAAGUUAUAUGCCGGACCAGGGUAUUUCAAUUCCUGGCGUUUCUUCCACCGCAGAUAAGAACCAAUAAGAGAACCUUCCGUGUCUCGGCUGGCAACGCCGCCGGUCCGUGUGGCCUCAGCCUUUGGGGUGUUGGAGGUGUGGCAGACAAUGACCCCUAGGCCCUCACUGACGGAAGGGUUUUCGUCCUUAGUUUUUGCAGUUUUAGUGUCUUUUUUGUGAUUAUGAGGUGGUGGCAACAUCCUGAAUUCAGAAUAAGUUCCUCUCCGUCCUAUUCUCGCUCCAAUGGUGUGUUUAGUGCUAUCGGAGGAAGCGUAGAGUUGUAUGUCCAAUGGAUUUUCUAGGAUCUUGUCACUUUCCGUGGUUGUUGUCAGUCUUCCUUUUAA